CCAUGCCGAUACGCUAGUUUCCACGAUGGGUUCACAGGUUGCAAGACUAUGGGCGGCAGUGCUGCUGCUCGCCGCGCUGUACAGCUGUGAAGAAGCGGCAGUAAGUGUGCGACCACCAACACCGAACUCAUGUCUGUUCGAGGCGGGUGCCAUUUUUGAAGCACCACCGAUAACGUGCCGACCGCUGGUCGCCUGCGACGGGGAGCAGAUUCUCAAAGCGUACCUCAAGAUCAACGAGGCGUGCCGCAUCAAAGCAUCGGAACGGUUACAGGCGCGAGAGUACUUUCUGUAUCGCGUGAACUAUUGGCAGGAUGAUCAUGCCUUCCUGUUCAAUAACGUCAUCGAGUCGCACGCCAACCAUAUGGUCGUGCAGGACGCAGAACGUCUGAUGCAACUUCCCGCGAAGCUGGUUGACGAGCUUAACCUGAAGCUUUUAAUCUACAGCAUUGAGUCGGGCCGUACGCAGGACGCCCUGCUGCUCUACACCACCAUGAAGCACCAAUGGAAACCAUCCCAGCUGCUGGAUGAGAUCGAGCGUAACCCGAGCGGCGUCAAUGAAGUGCUCGUGCUGCACGUGCUCGACUUUGCCCGUGCCCUGCCGAUCAAGACCGUACGCGUCGAACUGUACAAAGCGCUGGUGGGUGUACUUCGGCGCCACAGGCUUAACGGCUCUUACGCCUCCCUGGUGUACGCCGGUGACGUGGUUGCCAUCUUUACCGCCCAGAAAGACAAAGACACGUACCUAUCCGCCCCGUACGGUGUGGUGCUGCACAGGCUGCGCAAUGAGCUCCGCCAGCUGCAGUUCGAUUUCAACGUGUGGGUGGCGAACAAAUUUCCUCGCCAUUACACCCAAUUCCUGACGGAAAUCUUCUUCUUCGUCCCACAAACGUGGUCAGCGAUCGAUAGGCGGCGCCUGUUCGAGAUAGCGAGCAUGUUCAAGGCGAAGGGCCACCGGUUUCAGGUGAUUGAGGUAUUCCUGAAGUACGCGAAACAGUACGACAGCCGUAACGUGGCGAAGCUCGUCGAAACGCUGCCGACGCUAGCGCUGGAGGUGGAUAAUCUUCGCCGAACGGUGGAGCAGACGGGCAACCAUAAGAACGAGGUAGAUCGAAUCAAGGCAAUACAGGAUCGGUUCAGUACGACCAGUUGGAAUAGGCGAAACUACCGCGCGUACCUGCACAUCAUGCGCACCCAGGGCAAGUUCGGCAAGAAGUAUUUGGCAAUGGAAAGCAAGGGCUAAGACUUUUCACUGAGCAAUAAAGAUGUACUGGGCUCUGAUGCAAGCAUAA